CUGUCUUGCUGCUCUGACUGAUGACUCGUCACAUGGGAUUCGCUGCCAAGACUUUCUCCGUGGACGCAACGCGCUGAGAGCGCACCGCGGCUUUACCUUUGUCUUUCUUACACACGGUUUUCAAAGUUUCGGUUUACAAACGCGGAUUAUUUAUUGGAGGUGGGAAAAAAAAAAUUACCUAAAGACGUAGUAGGCUACAACCACGAAGCUCUGACUAAGGUGACGAGUGGGCGGUUGAACGCCGGCGUCAGUGCGUAAUACCCGGGGAGCAGGUGGAUGGAGAGGCUGGCGCACGAUGCAGCUUUCCAGCAGGUCAGCGCCGCACCGGAGCGGGUGGACUCCAUGUUCUCUGCCGAAUGACUCUUUGCCACGAUGGACUUGAUAUGAAAAGGAAGUUUUCUGUUUUCAAUUUAAAAAUCUCUCUUGCUCUUUUUCUGUUUCUCUACGCUGGGAUGUGAUACUUGUGGUUCCACGUUAAUGAAAAUCCCCAGUCAUCCCGAUCCCCAGAGCCCCAAACCCUUAGACCCCAAUGUGUCAAAUUCCUCCGUUUAAUCUAACAACUUGAAGUCCCUUUGCCCUCUUUUCAACAGUCUUGCAUGGUAACAUCAAUGCUUUUAAGCAUGUCAUCUCAAACCCACUAAUAUAUACCUUCUACCAACUCCUUUAUGAUUUACAUCUUCACCCGUUGCCAUCUUUAGACACUUGGAACCCUUUGAUAGCCUAAACCCCUCUCAGCCAUCAUGGCCUUUGAUCAGUGGCCCUUUCUCCCGACCCCCCCAAACAUCUCCAUCCCCGAGCCCCUCCUGUACGACAGCUACAUCCAGGGCAAUGAGUCCGACCUGGACCUGAACAUCUCCAAAACCAGGGAGUCUCACCAGGACAAGACCAGCUCCGUGGUCAUCACCUUCAUCUACUUCAUAGUGUGCAGCGUGGGGCUGUGCGGCAACGCCCUGGUCAUAUACGUCAUCCUGCGCUACGCCAAAAUGAAGACGGUGACCAACAUCUACAUCCUGAACCUGGCGGUGGCGGAUGUUCUGUGCAUGAUGAGCCUGCCGUUCAUCGCCCUGCAGCUGGCCCUGGUGCACUGGCCCUUCGGAGAGGUGCUGUGCAGGGUGAUCAUGACUGUUGACUCUCUCAAUCAGUUCACCAGCAUCUUCUGUCUGACGGUGAUGAGCAUCGAUCGGUACUUGGCUGUGGUCCACCCUAUUAAGUCCACAAGAUGGCGGAAGCCCCGCGUGGCCAAGCUCAUUAACCUGACCGUAUGGGGUGUGUCCCUAUUAGUCAUCCUACCUACUUUGAUCUUUAGCGGCCUUAACAAGGUGCCCGUAUGUGGGAUCGUGUGGCCGGAGCCCCAGGAUGUCUAUUACACGGCCUUCAUGAUCUACACCUUCUUCAUCGGGUUCUUCUUGCCCCUGUCAGUCAUAUGUCUGUGCUACCUGCUCAUUAUAGUCAAGGUAAAGUCCUCUGGGAUGCGGGUGGGUUCCACCAAGCGCAAGCGUUCUGAGCGAAAGGUGACCCGGAUGGUGUCCAUCGUGGUGGCAGUUUUCGUCCUCUGUUGGCUGCCUUUCUACAUAUUCAACGUCACCUCCGUCGCCAGCUCCAUCAACCCCACCUCUGCCGUGAAGAGCACCUUCGACUUUGUGGUGGUGCUCGGCUACGCCAACAGCUGCGCCAACCCCAUCCUGUACGCCUUCCUGUCGGACAACUUCAAGAAGAGCUUUCAGAACGUCCUGUGCCUGAAAAAGGUGGCGGGCCUGGACGAGAUUGAGCGCAGCGACAGCAGGGCAGACAGGAGCAGGAUGGUGAACGACGCUAUGAUCGCCAACUUGGAGACUCACAAUGCUGCCCUGCUCAAUGGCGAGCUGCAGACCAGCAUCUGAGACACACCCAGGGAGGCCAGAGGUACAGAGCAGUGGCGCUUGUGGCUUCCAGACUGAUGAGCUGACAGUACACUGCUAGUGACCCCUGUUCAAAGACACGGGGGGCAGGAGGAUGACGUAUGAGCUGCAGCUCAUGGACAUUGACACAUGAACAAAGUCUAAGUGAAGACUAAGAAAAUUCCAAAGGGGUUUCAGAGGUCAGCAAAGGUACACGCCCAAACCUCUAGAUACAUGGGUUAAUGAGGCAACUGGAACUGUUUUGCCCUGAGGCAGUGCAAAAAACUAAUGUUGGCCGAGUGAAGUUAAAUCAAACAUAAAUACGAAGGCUGUUCGUGCUUGCCAGCUUCAGGUUUCUAUCGAGUUGUCAGGCAGACUGAACCAAAAAUGGAAGCAAGACGCAGGACCGGAGAAAUGGAUUGCAUUGGAUCCACUGCAGAAAUAUUGCUGGCUAAUUCACCCAUGGGAGAGAGAGAGAGAGAGAUCUGAGGGGAUCAAGCACCAUCCUCGCUCUCCUUGAUGGAGUUUUAAGAGCUGUGAAGGUGUCAGCAUUGAUUUCUCUGAAUGUGGAAAUACUGCUUAAGAAGUCGGCCAAACAAUGCAGUGGAAAACAGCAAGCACUGUACAUCUAUGGAGACUCUGAAAGAUAAAAAUCAGAAGCCUCAAGCCAAAAGGUGAAAAGCUUCGUGGUCAUGUUUUAUUCAUUCCAGCUGAUUAGCCUGGGUCUUACAUGAUCAACCAGGGAACAAAAUGGCAAAGCCCUCCCAACACACCAAACGGAGGAUGCUCUUUUCUCCCUCUUGCUGUCAUCUCCGCGGGAGGAGCUGCAUUGAUCCGUAAGCUCUCGAAUUCAACAUCCUGGAUUAUUGAUUGAGGUGGAAGGAUGGGAAAACAUCUCGGCCACCGCUCUGACCUUUCUCCCUUUAAAACAGCUUAUACUUUGUAUAUAGCCUAUAAAAUGGUUCUCCUGGGGGAAAGGUCCUGACAUGGACGACUCCAAUUUAAAUUUCUAAGGCAUUUCCUGUUGUGAAAAAAAUCUGUAUUAUUGUGAUGCAUCAAACUAUGUUUGUGACAGCCAUCAUAUGUACUUUGUACUUCACUGUGUCCUGGUCUUAACAGUAAUUGCUAUGCCAGCGGUGCCAUAGUAAGGAGCCCAUUUCUACUUGUAAAGUGCUGUGUUUUGAAUACAUGUUGAAACGUGGUCACUGCACUCAGCUUCACACUUGGUUCAGUCCGCCCGUGCUUGCAAAAAAAAAAAAUUGCCUAAAUUUCAGGAAGAAAUAUGUGUCAUGUAGUCAAAGAGGGAGAGAGAGAAGGAGAUACAGAGAAUGAGAUAAACUUGUAAAGUAUCUACUAAGAACACAACACAUGAAAACAAAUAACUCCACUCGCAUCAUUAGACCAAACAUACGGUCAGCAGGCAGGGUCAAGCUCCAAAGACAAUUGGUCCUAUAUUUCCCAAAAUGCACCUGGAUAGCAUCUUUUAUCAGACCCUCCCAGUCUGUUAAAUGCAGACGUCUUUCAAACGCCACACCCGUGGUCACAAUAGGAACACACGCUCACAGAGAUUUGUGGCAUGCGUGUAGUUACAAUUCCAAGUAAUUUAUAUAAAGACAAAAGUCACUCUCUAGCCAUCCAUAGCUCCUCGCACCCUUUUAUGAGUAGCGCAGAAGGUGAGACGAGUGACCGAUUCUGCACCAAGGAGUCAUACUGACCCGGUGGACUGUGUGUAAUAAUGCGUCACAUCACAAUACCAAAGGCUUUAUGGGUGAAACCCACAACCAGAGACUAUACAUACUAUAUCUUUCUGUGUAUCUGUUGUCUGCAACUAUAAGCUCCUUCAAGCCUGAAGUGCAAGAACUAUUCUCAAAUCAUCCACAGAUAAUUACUUUUGCUCUGUCCUAUCCUGUGUCUGUGUAUCUCUCUCUCUCUCUCUCUCUCUUUCUCUCGCUUGCACGGCUGGUGAAGAAUAAUAUGAGCUGACACACAUUUUACACCCUCCCAAACUCAACAAGCUGAAAUGAACUGAACCAUGCUGAAGGAAACACACCAUGCCUGCCAUUGCCGCUGGCCAUUUUGGGCAUACUUAAUGGACUUAAUGUACUUAAUGGACCAUUCUGAUGUUUAGUAGAUAGUAAAUGUAGCGCUAAAGGGACAGCAGAGGCAAUGAGGCGGGGCCCGUAGUCGCUGCUUCCUUUGUAAUUUUGUGAAAUCAAGACCUAAUUAUCUCUCUGAAAUUAUGUCAUAUUCUAAAAAAAAAAAGAAGGAAUUUGGGUUCAUCGCUCUUUGUCUGUGGGCACAAUUCAGCACCAAAUGUUGCAUUUGUCCUGAUUUCUGUCUGGUUCCUGCCACUGUAUAGUGUACAGAAGAGAGGAAGAAGCGGAGGAAUGGGGAAACCUCUGCCUUCUUGCGCUCUUGUUUCUUUUUUUAUGGAAACACAAGUUCAUUUGCGAAGGGCUAGAACGUGCACUCCUGAGGAUGCACCGUUCAAUGUUAACUCAGUAUUUGUGGUAUCCUCUGCUUGUUUGUGUGCAUGGGGAGGGGCUGCGUAUCCCACCUUCUGUAUCCCCCCACUAACCAAAACCAGUGUUACACACUUACUGGGGGGGGGGGGGGGGGGGGGGCACCUUUUUCUUUGCAAGAUAUACUCUCAGAAAAAAAGAUUUUUUUGUUGUGAUUAGCUGCAAAUGAAUGAUUCUAUUUGGUCAAAGAAAUACAAUUAUGUAUGGGUUUUCAAAAAUACAGAUUUCCCAUCAUCUUAACUAAUCCAAAUUUUAGCCAAGCUGGUUGUAACUUACAAGCUUGUUUCUGACAGUGUACAGCCGUGGAUAUGUACUUUUCUGUGCAGUGACUUUUAUCUAUGGGCCUUGGAACUUUCAUCAAUAGACAGCAAAACAACAUUUUGACCGGUUUCUCCCAAAAGCCAAAGAACCAAAGGCCUUUGUACUGUACAGACAUGUUGGUAACUAAAACAUAACAGAGUAUAUCAUCUUUAGUUCUAUAUUUUCCCCAGCUUAUAUAGCUUAUGUUUGUGUGAUAUAAUGUCAGAAGCAGAUGUUUAUUUGUGACUGUUGCAUAGAAUAUAAUGUGAUCAUUGAUUGUAAUGGACAGGCCAAUGUCCUUGUCUCUGCAAUUAAAAUGCAGGCAAGUUUCUGCUCCCAUGGUCAA